GGCAGGCACGCGAAAACACUGUGCCCCACCAGCUGCACCCCUGUGCUCUGCUCACCCCCAACGUACAUUAACUCCCAGCACAGAGUACAACUUCCACACAGCAUGAUUUCUUCCAAUUCUUUAAGCUAUUCCUCCCAUUCUUGCAUUGACUAACGCACGUAUAUUACAUCACUAUCCUAUCCAUCCUUCUCAACUACCCUUAUUACUAGCCAGCCCAUGCUUGAUAAUAAAUACCUCUACACAAUGAUUUACUUUGUGUGUAAACUGUUAAGUGAAGCUCUUAUAGAUAUUUGAUCAAGAAUUGGAGUGAGGGUGAGAGAAAGAAGUACAAAAGUUGGGAUCUUGUUGAAGAUUGUUUGGUGGGGUGGGAGAGAUGAGGGAGCUUAGGCCACUGGUGCACUUGCUGUUGCCACUUUGUGUGCAUUGGAUUGCUGAAGAGAUGACUGUUUCUGUGCUCGUUGAUGUCACCACUAAUGCUCUUUGUCCAGGCCACAAGACUUGUCCUCAAGCCAUCUACAUCAAUGGCAUCCAGCAAACUGUUGUUGGAAUAUUCAAGAUGAUAGUUCUUCCACUCCUAGGUCAGCUGGCUGAUGAGCAUGGGCGUAAACCGUUGCUUCUUAUCACUGUUUCCACAACUAUUGUUCCUUUCACUUUACUUGCCAUCAAUCAAUCAAAAGCUUCUAUAUAUGCUUACUAUGUUCUCCGGACCAUUUCUUAUAUCAUAAGCCAGGGGAGCAUUUUCUGCAUUUCUGUUGCUUAUGCUGCAGAUGUUAUUGAUGACGACAAGAGGGCUGCUGCCUUUAGUUGGAUCACAGGCCUGUUCUCUGCAUCACAUGUCCUUGGAAACAUCCUGGCACGUUUUCUUCCCGAAGAUUACAUAUUUGCGGUGUCAAUAGCUCUUUUGAUCUUUGUUCCUAUUUAUAUGUCGCUGUUUCUGACAGAAACAGUAAGACCAACUAGAAAGCCAGACCAGCAUAUCCCUUGCUUAAACAAGGCAUUUAAGAUUGUUCAAGAACGAUAUUACUCAAUGAAGCAUGCUGCACAUGUUGUUACCAGCAGCUCAACGCUUAAGCGCAUUUCUCUUGUUUCCUUCUUCUAUGAAUUGGGGAUGUCUGGCAUCAGCAGUGUCUUAUUGUACUAUUUGAAGUCAGUUUUUGGUUUCAACAAAAAUCAAUUAUCAGAAAUCUUGAUGAUGGUUGGAGUCGGCUCAAUUUUUUCUCAGAUGCUGGUGCUUCCUCUACUCAACCCGUUGGUUGGAGAGAAACUGAUUCUCUGUGCAGGCUUGCUCGCAUCAAUAGCAUAUGGACUACUCUAUGGCUUGGCAUGGGCACCAUGGGUACCGUAUUUGAGUGCUUCUUUCGGAGUCAUCUAUAUCCUUGUGAAACCUUCUACUUAUGCUGUGAUAUCCAAGGCCUCAAACUCGGCGGAUCAGGGGAAAGCUCAAGGGUUUAUCGCUGGCGUGCAAUCCAUUGCAAGUCUGCUUUCGCCACUUGCAAUGAGUCCACUUACGACAUGGUUUCUAUCCAGCAAUGCUCCCUUCAACUGUAAGGGUUUCAGCAUCAUAUUUGCAUCCAUAAGCAUGGUGAUUUCGUUGUGCUGUGCUUGGACGCUAAAGCUAGACGUCCCGACCAACAAGAACGUGGAAGAUACCAGGGAAGAUAUCGAAACACCACUUCUGUCGUAAGGAUUGAUGAAUACUAUAGAUCUACCUAUCUUUUGACAUGAAGGGAUGGUUUAAAAAGUUAGACGUUGAGCUAAUAGUCUCUGCAUCUGUCGGUUUGUUUUAGUCUGAAAGAUCAUACGUAGUUGAGAAAGUGCAAGAAAGAUCGAUACUUGAGACUGUCGUAUUCUGAUCUGAGCUUGUAGUGAUUCUACAACGCGUAGAUUAAGUAGUUCCAUGUAAAUAAGCCGUAUCGUUAUGUGUUCUUCAUAGACAAUAAGCUAUAUAUGUAUCUUGUGGAUUUUGAUCCAUCCUUGAGAAGAGUUGCAUUAAUUUACCUCUCCUUUUCAGGAUGUCUGUAAGUCUGUAACAUUAUAUGAUUUGUGAAGUAAGCAACUGCUGAAGCAUGGUUUAGA